GUCUGACACCUCUUGUGUCGUCGCUUGUUUGGCUCACGCUCCGCAAAAUGGCGACGUCGCUGGGCUCCAACACGUACAACAGACAGAACUGGGAAGACGCGGAUUUUCCGAUUCUGUGUCAGACAUGUUUAGGAGAAAACCCUUACAUCCGUAUGACCAAGGAGAAGUAUGGGAAAGAAUGCAAGAUCUGCGCUCGACCGUUUACUGUGUUCCGGUGGUGUCCAGGGACACGGAUGCGUUUCAAGAAGACAGAGGUCUGUCAGACCUGCAGUAAAAUGAAGAAUGUUUGUCAGACAUGUCUGUUGGACCUGGAGUAUGGUUUGCCUAUCCAGGUCAGAGACACUGGGCUGUCCGUUAAAGAUGAGGUUCCUAAGUCAGAUGUGAACAAAGAGUACUACACACAGAACAUGGAGAGAGAGAUAGCCAACUCUGAUGGCACGCGGCCGGUGGGCCAGCUCGGUAAAGCGCCCAGCUCUAGUGAUAUGUUGCUGAAACUAGCCCGGACCACACCAUAUUACAAGAGGAACCGGCCGCACAUCUGCUCCUUCUGGGUGAAGGGAGAGUGUAAGAGAGGAGAGGAGUGUCCCUACAG